AUGGCGCGGAACAAGAAAAUUUUGACAUUGAUAAAUUUUUGGUGCCUCUCGUGCCCACUUAGGCUUCGCGUUCGCGUUCACUUUCGUCUCUUUCUGUCAAGUACUAUAUUCGCUAAGAUGGAAAGAGACAGAUUGCUUUUGGAGCUGUUGCUACCCUACACACAUUUAAUGAAAGUAGGCAACAAAGAAUUAAGUAAAAAGAUAACUCUUGCUUUCAACGAGUGGUUCAAACUGCCUGAUAAUGUUUGUAACAAAAUCAUUGAUUCAGUCGAUAUGCUCCAAAAUGGAUCUCUUUUAAUCGACGACAUACAAGACAACACUCUCGUAAGACGUGGUGUACCGGCUGCUCAUUGUGUGUAUGGUGUUCCUCUUACGCUGAACACAUCCAUUCAUAUCAUCACAUUGGUGCUACAGGAGUUAUUGCUUUUAGGAACUAGUAUGGCACCAAAGAUAUUUUGCGAAGGUUUUCUAGAAGUGAUUCGUGGUCAGGGAAUCGAACUUUACUGGAGGGAUAAUUUUAUAUGUCCAACUGAAGAGCAAUACGACGAAAUUAAUAGGAAAAAAACUGGCCACAUGUACCUAAUCUGUAUUCGUCUGAUGCAUCUCUUCAGUACCAACAAAACUGACUACACCGAUCUCGUUCUAACCAUUGGACUAUACUAUCAAUUAAGGGAUGAUUACUGUAAUCUUAUACAACCGGAGGCAUUGGACGAUUGGCCGACUAAUGAGGAUAACAAGCCAAAAAUAUUUUGUGAAGAUUUAUCAGAGGGAAAAUUUUCACUGCCGAUCAUUCACGCUGCAGGAACGUCGGACGGUGAUGGAGUUCUUCAUAUACUACGUCAACGCACACGCGACGUCUCUCUGAAGAAGUUUUGUGUGUCUGAAUUGCAAAGGCUGGGAAGUUUAGAGUACACACGCAAUAGACUUAUAAGCCUCGACAAGCAUAUAAGGGAUGAGAUAAAUCGUUUCGGCGGAAAUUCGAAUCUGACAUCUGUUAUGGACGAUAUGAAGUCUUGGGUAUAGAAAUGGUUUACAAAAU